AUGGAUGCUGCGGUGAGUAGGGGGCCGUCACUCCAGGAUGUCGAGGAGCAGAGCAUGGAGCAGAAAGUCGAUUUGCUGCUUGCGAAGUUUGAGGCAUUCUCGCAGCAGCAGCAGCAGCUCCUGCACGACCUCGUCCAACGGCUCUCAGCUGCACCUUCACCGGAGAUCGUUCAGCGGCCGAAGCGAAUGUCGCAGCAGCUUGUGAUUCCGGAGAAAGGGCACGGGCCGACUCGAAACAGGCAGAGGCUGUCAGUGGAUAUGAACCCUGACCAGUCAGCAUCCAGCGUGGCAUCCAUCGUCCCAUCGGUCCCAUCGCAUUCAACCUCUUCUGAGUGGCGACCGGAGGAAGGGCAUCUCGCACAAGGGAGGAUGCCAAAGAAAGUGGAACAUGGCCCGGAGGGACCAGGCAGCGCAGGCAGCAAAGCGAAGAAGGCCAAGAGUGUGUCCGUGAUGUCCCAAAGCAGCGCAUCUGUGCUGACGCCCAGCAAAAGCAGCACGCCGUUGGCAGCUGCCUGGCAUGGUGAGAUUCGCAGUCGCCAGCAAUCGGUCGAUGAUCGCACCAGACGAACUUUAUCCUCGCAAAGCCUGCUGUCGGUCCCGUCCGUGCGAGAGAUGAACUCGGCAUUCAUGCAUGCCAUUGCGGAGACUUGGAGGACGACGCCACCGUGGCACAACAUCAGCGGCCAAAGUCCAGGAGAUGGCCCCGAAGCCGAAGUAGGCUCGCCAGCUUCGGCCAUCCAGCGACCGGCGCAUUCUGCUGGCCUCUCCUCGGUUGACAACCCGGUCGCCGCUCAGGAACCGGAGGCCGAGGAUUCGCCAGAACUGCCGAACAACCUCCCAGCGCGCAACAGGGAAUUGAAUCUCCCUGGCCUCAUGGAGGUUACCCCUGUGAGCUCUUCAGCAGACAGAAUGGUUUCAGGCCCGCUCAGGGCAUCUGGUGGAACCGUCGCCAAUGGUCAAGCCGUGACCAUGGUGAAUUUAACUCAUCACUCGCAGGCCCUCAUCAUCGACAAGUUCAACACAGCCGCCGCCACCGAAGUACCGCCUCUGGAGCAGGAUGUGGGAUGUCGACUUGCGCUGAACUUCCCUCGCGUACUUUACGGAAUCCUUGUGUUCUUUUCUCUCGCCCAGUGCGGUGUGAUGGUGGCGCUCAAGGUGUUAGGCUACGUAGAAAGCGUCGGAUACAGCUUCGCCAUGGCGGCGAGCGUGCUCUACAGCUUGAGCGCAACGAUUUGCAUCUAUCUCUUACGCCGGGCGUUGUCGUCGGAUGACCUGGCAGCUGCGAUGUCCAAUCUCCACAUGUUCGUGGCACAAUGUACUGUUCACUGGAAGCGUCUCUCAUCAAGGGAGGCACAGCGGUUAGCAGUCGUAUGGGUGCUACUCGUCAUUGCCUUUGCGCUUUGCCAUGCCUUGGAAGAAUGGAAAGUCCAGGCGGGUUUGACUCUCAUGCCCAAGGGCACCGAGGACAUCAAGAUCCUUCGUCAUGUGAUCUCCGUGAUGUCGGUCUUGAGCUUCUGCAUCUCCAGUGCCAUGGUCGUCAUCGUGGCCUACGUGCAAUCACAUUUGCUGUUGGGCAUGGAUAAGUGCUUAGACUGCUGGUGCUGCAUCAUCCUGGAGGCAGGCGACUUCCAGGUCGGCGUAGAAAGCUGGAAUGCCCUCCAGGCGAUGUUGAAAAGUAUCGGGCGUGAAUUGGCCAGCAGUUUCCUCGCGGCGCAACUCUUGGGCGCUGUGGGUUUUGUCUACUUCCUCACGAGCUGCGUGACCUAUGCUUUCCAGAGCAGCUUCGCCCCAGAUCGAGUCUUGAUGGAGGCAUGCUCGGCUGUGCCGUUGCUUUGUCUUUUCGGCCUGGGCUUACGGGUCUUCUCACACGGCGCGGCACUCACCGAGAAAUGCCGAGUGAUCCCAUCCUUCGUCAACCAGAUUCCUUCAGAGGAGGUCAUCGACCCGGAGCGGCAAUACCUCGCCGCCUGGACAAACCUGCACUUUCGCGCGCGCAGGUUUUAG